AUGGAAGCCGUUCUCUCUUCGCAAGAAUUCGGCGACGGCCUCCCCAUCUUAAUCAUACAUGGAUGGGAGCUGUCAGGCCGAGCCGACCAGGCCGACUUUGAGCCCGUCUUUGCCAAGCUGGCCGGACUGCGUCGAAUUUACGUAGAUCUCCCCGGCAUGGGCAGUACGCCAGGAAAUAAUGUCCAGCAUCUCGACGGCAUAUUCGAUCAUAUCGUGCAAUUCAUCGACGUCCGCCUCGCCAAGUCGCGAUUUCUAGUCGUGGGCUCAUCAUGCGGUGGCUACCUCGCACGCGCCGUCGCCCAAAAGUACGCCGAUCAAGUCGAUGGGCUACUUUUGCGUGUACCUCUCAUUGAGCCCAAGGACAGCAGACGAGAUCUUGAUCCCAUCACGCCGCUGGUGGAAGACGCGCAGCUCAUGUCGACCGUCUCGGACAGCGACAGGAGCCUCCUCGGAGACCUCGUCAUUCAGACGUCUGCCUACAUAAGCGCUUUGAAGAACAAGAUUCUCAACGUAUAUCAUCCGGCGGAGGCGGCCUCUGACAGUAAAGUGUUGAGCUUCAUCCGAGAUGAUCCCGAGCGCUACCAGCUAUCCUGGUCGCUGGAUGACCCCAGCGCCAAGUUUCUGGCGCCCACACUGAUUCUGUGCGGGCGGCACGAUGACAGCGUUGGCUACCGAGAUAGUUUGCGUCUUUUGGAGCUGUACCCACGAUCAACAUAUGCGGUGUUGGAUCGUGCGACGCACGCCCUGCCCGUUGAUGAGACGGGUGUGUUUGAGGCUCUGGUGGGAGACUGGAUAAAACGAGUGCACGAAUGGCGGGACAACAUGACAAGGGCAGCAAGAAGCUGCCAACAGUCACAAAACUGA